AUGGUUAUGGUGAGAACUCUAGAAGACGAAGAAUCAUGCCAGCUCUUGGGUCCAAUAUCGAUUGUAAUACAACUAUUCAUGGGCAUAGCAGCGAUUACAAUACUUCUGCUGAAAAGAAAUCACGAGCAUCCAAGAAGAAAGUUCAUUGUCUGGCUCUACGAUGUGGGUAAGCAGGUUAUUGGAGCCGUGGGCAUCCAUUUCGUCAACCUAGGGGUCAGUGUUCUGAAACGCAAGGGAAAAGAGGCCAUGAGAGAGGCAGAGGAUGACGACUCUCAAUGCGACUGGUACUUUUUAAAUCUACUGCUGGACACGACAAUCGGUGUCCCUAUACUAUGGGGUGUUUUCACACUUUUAGAAAACAUUCUUUUGUAUCUGAAAGUCAAGAAUAUUGAGAGUGGGAAUUACUUCUCGAAUGUCGAGGAAGAUGAGACUGCCAAUGGCGAUACAAACGCCCUUGCAAACACUGAGAACACUGAAAACACCGAAAACACCGUGAAAAGGCCGAAAUAUAGCGCAUUUCUGAAACAACUUGCCGUUUUCACAACUGCGCUAGCGUUGAUGAAAAUGUGUACCUAUUUCAUCUUGGAUGAGUUUGAAAACGUUUCAUACUGGUUGGCAAACAUCAUUCUUGGCUGGUCAGACGCAUUCCCCAAUCUACAGAUUUUCCUCGUGAUGUUUGUUUUCCCCGUUUUAUUGAAUUGUUUCCAGUACUUCUGCGUCGAUAAUAUAAUAAAGUUGCCAACGGAUAGCGUCAAUUAUAGCAACGUCGAUAAUUUUGAAACAGAUUCCUUCAAUACAUCUGAUUACAGUGAGAUUACCGCAUCUUCGUGGAAUGCAUCUGUCGCACGCUCCAAAUCACUGCAACAUGAUCCUGAAUAUGCGGUUGGAAAUUAG